GCGGGGCUAAGUCUGAGGGGACGUUAUUUCUGCCUUUACCGUCGCCGCUGCCGGUUGCUUUCUCGGAGGAGCUUCGUUGCCGGCCUCCCAAGAUGUCUCUCUCCAACAAGCUCACGCUGGACAAGGUGGACGUGAAGGGGAAGCGCGUCGUCAUGCGGGUUGAUUUCAAUGUCCCAAUGAAGGACAACAAAAUAACCAACAACCAAAGAAUCAAGGCAGCUGUCCCGACCAUCAAGCACUGCUUGGACCAUGGAGCCAAGUCCGUGGUCCUCAUGAGCCACUUGGGGCGGCCGGAUGGGGUCCCGAUGCCCGACAAGUAUUCUCUGCAACCGGUGGCUGCAGAACUCAAAACCCUGCUCGGCAGGGAUGUCUUGUUCCUGAAAGACUGCGUGGGUGCAGAGGUGGAGGCUGCUUGUGCCAACCCUGCCGCCGGCUCCGUCAUCCUCCUGGAAAACCUCCGGUUCCACGUAGAAGAGGAAGGCAAGGGGAAGGAUGCCUCAGGGAACAAGAUUAAGGCUGAUCCUGCCAAGGUGGAGGCCUUCAGAGCCUCCCUUUCUAAACUGGGCGAUGUUUAUGUCAACGAUGCUUUUGGGACAGCACAUAGGGCCCACAGCUCCAUGGUUGGGGUCAAUCUGCCUCAAAAGGCUGCCGGCUUCCUGAUGAAGAAAGAGCUGGACUAUUUUGCCAAGGCUUUGGAGCACCCCGAGCGCCCCUUCCUGGCCAUCCUUGGCGGGGCAAAGGUUCAAGAUAAGAUUCAGCUGAUCAAUAACAUGCUGGACAAAGUCAAUGAGAUGAUCAUCGGCGGCGGAAUGGCCUUCACCUUCCUGAAAGUGAUCAACAAAAUGGAGAUCGGCAAUUCUUUGUUUGACGAGGAAGGGUCCAAAAUAGUCAAGGACCUGAUGGCGAAGGCGGAGAAGAACGGGGUGCGGAUCAACCUCCCCGUGGACUUCAUCACGGCCGACAAGUUUGAUGAGAAGGCGCAGAGCGGGCAGGCCACCGUGGCCUCCGGGAUCCCGGCCGGAUGGAUGGGAUUGGAUUGCGGCCCUGAGAGCGUCAAGAACUUCGUGGCGGCCGUGGGCCGAGCCAAGCAGAUUGUGUGGAACGGCCCGGUGGGCGUCUUCGAGUGGGAGAAGUUUGCGCACGGCACCAAGGCCGUGAUGGACAAAGUGGUGGAGGUCACGGGCAAAGGCUGCAUCACCAUCAUCGGUGGCGGGGACACGGCGACCUGCUGCGCCAAGUGGGACACGGAGGACAAAGUCAGCCACGUCAGCACCGGCGGAGGGGCCAGCCUGGAGCUCCUGGAAGGUAAAGUCCUGCCUGGAGUGGACGCCCUGAGCAACGUCUAACCGAGCAAGACGCGGCUGCAGGUAGACCUUCCUCCCUUCCUCCCUCGCUCUCUCUCUCUUCCCGUUCACCUUCAAGCAGCCGCUGCAGCGCUUUCCUCCCUUUAGGAGCUGCCGGUUGUCACAAAAUGCAAACCUGGAGGCCGAGGGAACGGCAAAGAUGGCUCUGAUUUGCUCACGGUUCACCCCCCAGAACUACCGUCGUGUCCAAUCUUCCCUGUGAUUCCAGAGUGUAUAUAUUGAUAUUCUCUGCCACCGGUUCCUCCCAAACCGGCUCCGCUGCAUUCGGUGUUGUUAGUCGCUGCUCUUUGUCGAUCACACGGUUCGCACACAGCACCCCGAGGGGGGAAGCGGCAGGUUUCAUGGUGCCGACGCCAACGUUAGCUUCAAAAUAAAUGUUUAAAAUUCGAA